UCAUUCUUCGCUUUUGYAGUGGGAAUAUACACUGCAGAAGAAGAUGUCAUCAAAAUAUCACGGUCUACUGGAAGUCAUAUAUAGUCCCACCGGUUUACCAGACUCCAAGUGGGCAUCARCCCUCCUUUAUUGUCGUCUGAAACGUAACUCGAAAAUCAAUUAAUURACAUGUGCAAGGUCACCAACGCCUCUUUAGUACCAAGCGACAUACAACUGUGAGACAGAGGAGAUAACAACAAGUUUUGAAUCGAUCGAGAUGAAGCCAGUUUCAUUUCUCUUCACUKUUGUAGUGUUGGUAUGCACUAUAACUAAAGGAACUAACAGCCUUAAGUGUUACCACUGUUCGGAAAUUACCGGCACAGUGCAAGUUAGCUGUAGAGCUCCCAAAGAGAAAGAAUGUGCUAAAGAUGAAGACAGGUGCAUCAAAAUACAGGUUAAAUCGAGCAGUGGUUUCGGUGAUAAAGAAACAGCUGUCAAUUGUAGUACUUCAGCUACAUGCAAUGGAUUCUGCAAGAACUACAAACAAAAACACUCUGACGUUGAAGAAUGUUUACACAAAUGCUGCGAGGGAGAUCUGUGUAACCAUCCGUAUAAUUUCACAAUCGCCGUUGUAGUUGGACCUACUUCCUCSAUUAYCGAGACUCCGGAGAAUGGGACAUCAUCAACUAAUUCCUCUACCGAGACUCCAGCUACUKGGACAACAUCCGGUACUGGUACUGAAAUCAGCACAACUCCCGGMGAGCCAACUAGCGCGGAGCCAUCAUCUUUGAUCCAAAAURUCAAGGCAGUMGCUCUUUUGCCCGCACUGAUGGGGCUUAUUUUGGUAUUUUGAAUGUCGAYCGACUUUGAAAAUACAAAAGAGACAUACCAUAUAUAGAUUAAACAUAAAUAGUUGAAUAACUACGAUCAAGGAGAUUGGAAACGCUCCAUUAGACGCAGUUUUCCUAACGGAAAGUGCGUAACAAAUGUAUUCAUCCGAAACUCAUUCAAGGCAUUAAAACGGCUUUGACGUCUAAUAGUU